AUGGAAACCGAAGCAAUUCAUAGAGGGGAACCGUUCUCUAAGAUUUUACAUGACAAAUAUUUUAACCUACCAACAUCGAUCGUAAGAAUGCAGUUCCACGUCCAUUCCUUCAUCUGCCGAAGAAAUACCAAUCUUACUGUGGUAUUCUCUACAGGGUUUAGGGUCAUUUUUGAUCUUCAUUGUGCUGGUGCUUUUCAUUUAGGUGACCAAUGUUUUAAUGUCGCCGUGUAA